AUGACCACUCCGAUUCGCGUCACCGUUCUCAUCUCCGGCAAUGGGUCAAACCUGCAAGCCGUGAUUGACAAAAUUGCCGCCGGACAGCUCAACGCCUCGAUCGUCCGCGUGAUCUCCAACCGCAAGACCGCAUUCGGUCUCGAGCGCGCAAGCAAAGCCAACAUCCCCACUCAAUACCACAACCUCGUCAAAUACAAGAAGCAGCACCCCGCGACACCAGAGGGAAUCCAGCUUGCGCGCGAAGAAUACGAUGCCGAACUCGCGAGACUGAUUCUCGCCGACGCGCCGGAACUCGUCGUCUGUCUUGGCUUCAUGCACAUUCUCUCGCCGCAAUUCCUGGAACCUCUCGAGGCUGCCAAGACACGGAUUAUCAACUUGCAUCCCGCGCUGCCUGGAGCUUUCAAUGGUGUUAAUGCGAUUGAUCGCGCCCACGCUGCGUGGUUGGAAGGUCAGAUCGACAAGACAGGCGUCAUGAUGCACGAUGUCAUUUCCGAGGUUGAUAUGGGUACACCGAUUCUCGUCCGAGAGAUUCCCUUCCGGAAGGGCCAAGAUGAGAAUCUCGAGGCGUUCGAAACUCGGGUCCACGAGACGGAGUGGGGAGUUGUUAUUGAGGGAGUGGAUCUUGUUCUCAAGGAGCUGCAAGCUCAGAAGAACGGCACGAGCGCAUGA